UGCAAGCAAUACUGCAUCCGAUGCUAAUGGGCCUACCUGGAAGAGAAAAUCCAUUCAGGAGAGACUCUUGUUCAUUGCCUCAUCCUAUGGAGGAAUCACCACUGCCCAUCUACAUUGAGGAGGGGACAGAAGUCCCGAUUGCCAAAAAGGAGUUGAUUGCUCUUGGCAUCAGGCAAAUCUGGACCCAGAAGACCACAGAAAGCAGAAAUAUGGCAACAAAGGAAAAGCUUCAGUGCUUGAAAGAUUUCCACAAGGACAUCCUCAAACCUUCCCCUGGCAAGAGCCCAGGGACACGGCCUGAGGAUGAGGCAGAAGGAAAGCCACCCCAGCGGGAGAAGUGGGCGAGCAAGAUUGACUUUCUGCUGUCGGUGGCCGGGGGAUUUAUUGGUUUAGGCAACGUCUGGCGGUUUCCGUAUCUCUGCUACAAAAACGGCGGAGGUGCAUUUCUUAUACCUUAUUUCAUUUUCCUGUUUGGGGGAGGUCUUCCCGUGUUUUUCCUGGAGGUGGUGCUAGGACAGUAUACCUCUGAAGGUGGAAUUACAUGCUGGGAAAAGAUCUGCCCUAUUUUCACUGGAAUUGGUUAUGCUUCCAUAGUGAUUGUGUCCCUUCUGAAUGUGUACUACAUCGUGAUCCUGGCCUGGGGACUUUACUACCUGUUCCAGUCGUUCCAGAGCGUCCUACCAUGGGCACACUGCCACCAGAAGUGGAACACGCCGACCUGCGUGGAAGACACUCUCAGGAAGAACAAAACACUCUGGAUAUCACUGAAUGCCACUAACUUCACCUCUCCUGUCACAGAGUUUUGGGAGCGCAAUGUACUGAGCUUGUCCUCGGGAAUUGAAGAUAUUGGUAUUAUCAAAUGGGAUCUAGCACUGUGUCUUCUCCUUGUCUGGGUGAUAUGUUUCUUCUGCAUUUGGAAAGGAGUCAAAUCCACUGGGAAAGUAGUGUAUAUCACUGCCACGUUCCCAUUCAUCAUGCUCCUCGUUCUGCUCAUCCGUGGUGUGACCCUGCCUGGAGCUGCAGAAGGCAUCAAGUUUUAUCUUUAUCCUGAUAUCUCACGGUUAGCUGACCCACAGGUCUGGAUAGAUGCAGGGACACAAAUCUUCUUCUCAUAUGCAAUCUGCUUAGGAGCAAUGACUUCCCUGGGGAGCUACAACAAGUACAAAUACAACUGCUAUAGGGACUGUUUGCUGCUGGGAUGCCUGAACAGUGGUACCAGUUUUGUGUCUGGCUUCGCAAUUUUUUCCGUCCUGGGCUUCAUGGCACAAGAGCAAGGGGUGAACAUUGCUGAUGUGGCAGAGUCAGGUCCAGGCCUGGCCUUCAUUGCCUACCCAAAAGCUGUGUCCAUGAUGCCACUGCCCACCUUUUGGGCAAUCCUUUUUUUUAUUAUGCUUCUGUUGCUUGGACUGGAUAGCCAGUUUGUUGAAGUUGAAGGACAGAUCACGUCAUUAGUUGAUCUGCACCCAUCCUUCCUAAGGAAGGGUUACCGACGGGAAAUCUUCAUCGCUAUAGUGUGUUUCCUUAGCUAUCUUCUGGGACUAACUAUGGUGACUGAGGGUGGCAUGUAUGUUUUUCAACUCUUUGACUACUAUGCAGCUAGUGGUGUAUGCCUUUUGUGGGUUGCAUUCUUUGAAUGUAUUGCUGUAGCCUGGGUUUAUGGCGCUGAUAAUAUUUAUGAUGCCAUUGAGGAUAUGAUUGGAUACAGACCUGGUCCCUGGAUGAAAUGGAGCUGGAUUGUGAUCACACCAGUUCUUUGCGUGGGGUGCUUUAUCUUUUCUUUGGCCAAGUACAAACCACUGACCUACAACAAGGUCUACACGUACCCAGACUGGGCAAUUGGUCUGGGCUGGGUUCUUGCCCUUUCCUCCAUGAUCUGCAUCCCUAUGGUGAUGGUCAUCCGCAUCAUACAGUCAGAUGGGUCGCUUAUUGAGAGGAUCAAAGCAGUGGCUGCCCCCAAGGAAGUGAAUCGGUGGUCCAAAGAAACAGAGAGUGGCACCCCCUUCUGCCCCAAUGGAACUUCAAAUGGUGGAUUGAUCAAGCCAACUCAUAUCAUUGUGGAAACCAUGAUGUGAGCUCUCUCUGUGAGAGGAUAAACCUGCUUUAACUGCCGUUUACUAACCAUAGAUUCUCAUAGGACCAGGUUUACAGAGCUUUAUAUUUGCACUAGGAGUUAUUUUUAUUUCUCACAGAGAAAGUUAUUUUUUGU